CCAAUAGCGAUUCAACAUACACACAUGUACUACCACAGCUUUUGCCCCAACAGUAGUGUCCUUUGCCUUGUAUUCUCCUCUCCUCUCCUCUCCUCUUGGUGAUGACUGAUCGAUGACCACCAGCUGCUGCACAUAUCAUCCCCUUUCACUCCCUCUCCCUCUCUCUCUCUCUAUAAGAUGGCAACACCCUGAUCUCUAGCUUAGCUGCAGAGGGGAGAGGAACCUCACAUCCAAACUCCUAGCUACAACUUGUACUAGCAUCCUAAGCAACCAAGCACAACCAAAGCAAGCAAGCACGAACAAUUCUUUCUUCCUCUCUACCUCUAGCUGCUGCCUGCCUCCUAAUCCUCCUACCCACCACUCCACAUGAGCCCAUGCUGUGUGCCUGUGUCUGUGUGUGUGUUCUACUCCUACCAUGAGAGAAGAGACCAAGCAUCAACCAAGCUAGCUAGCUCGUCCUCUCCUCGAUCUCUACUUCUCUCUCCCACACAAGCUGAGCGCCCAGGUAGGCUGCCUGCUAGGUCUCGUGCAUGGCCGGACACAUCUGAUCAUAGCCCACUACGGCACUAUUCCCCCCUUCCGCCUCGCACGCUGAGAGGUGGCCGGAGAGGGAGGGAGGCCAGCGAGCAGCAGUAGCAGCAGCAACGCGGCUAGGAGUAAGGAGUCCCAUCAGUAAAGCAUGCUUCCUUUCUUCGAUUCCCCAAGCCCCAUGGACAUACCGCUUUACCAACAGCUUCAGCUCACCCCUCCCUCUCCAAAGCCCGACCACCACCACCACCACCAUUCCACCUUCUUCUACUACCACCACCACCCACCUCCCUCCCCUUCCUUCCCCUCCUUCCCCUCCCCCGCCGCCGCCACGAUCGCCUCGCCGUCGCCGGCCAUGCACCCCUUCAUGGACUUGGAGUUGGAGCCGCAUGGGCAGCAGCUGGCGGCGGCGGAGGAGGACGGGGCAGGCGGGCAAGGCGUCGACGCCGGGGUGCCCUUCGGCGUCGACGGAGCGGCGGCGGCCGCGGCGGCGAGGAAGGACCGGCACAGCAAGAUAAGCACCGCCGGCGGGAUGAGGGACCGGCGGAUGCGGCUGUCCCUCGACGUCGCCCGCAAGUUCUUCGCGCUCCAGGACAUGCUCGGCUUCGACAAGGCCAGCAAGACGGUGCAAUGGCUCCUCAACAUGUCCAAGGCCGCCAUCCGGGAGAUCAUGAGCGACGACGCCUCCUCCGUCUGCGAGGAGGACGGCUCCAGCAGCCUCUCCGUCGACGGCAAGCAGCAGCAGCACAGCAACCCGGCGGAUCGGGGCGGCGGCGCCGGGGACCACAAGGGCGCCGCUCACGGCCACAGCGACGGGAAGAAGCCGGCCAAGCCGAGAAGGGCAGCGGCCAACCCGAAGCCACCGCGGCGGCUGGCCAAUGCGCACCCCGUCCCCGACAAGGAGUCGCGCGCCAAGGCGAGGGAGCGGGCGCGGGAGCGGACCAAGGAGAAGAACCGGAUGCGGUGGGUCACCCUCGCCUCGGCAAUCAGCGUCGAGGCGGCCACCGCGGCGGCGGCCGCGGGGGAGGACAAGUCGCCGACGAGCCCCAGCAACAACCUGAACCACUCAUCGUCCACCAAUCUUGUGAGCACCGAAUUGGAGGACGGCUCCUCGUCAACGCGCCACAACGGCGUCGGCGUCAGCGGCGGCCGGAUGCAAGAAAUCUCGGCGGCUAGCGAGGCGAGCGACGUGAUCAUGGCGUUCGCCAACGGCGGCGCGUACGGCGACAGCGGCAGCUACUACCUGCAGCAGCAGCAUCAGCAGGAUCAGUGGGAGCUCGGCGGCGUCGUCUACGCCAAUUCGCGGCACUACUGCUGAUGUGAUCAUCCAUCCACACACGAACGAACGAACGAACGGUACGGCACUAAGAUCGAACUCCUGCAGCUACAUAAUUAUCCUUUGCUUCUCAAGAGUAAUAAUUCUUGACGUGUUAAUUAAUCCGGGUGUGUAUUAAUUCCCUCUUUAUUAUUUUUUCUCGCGUUUAUCCGGAGUUGACUGUGGUGAAGACGAACUUUGGUUUGGUCAUCGCAUGGUGUGCAUUGCAUAUAUAGCUAGCACUAUCGUCUGAUCGAUGAUUCAUCAUCAAUGGAGUCGUCUAGUAUUAAUCUGUGUGCAUGUUCAGA